AUGUCCAAGCCGGUGGACCACGUCAAGCGGCCCAUGAAUGCCUUCAUGGUCUGGUCGCGGGCUCAGCGGCGCAAGAUGGCCCAGGAGAACCCCAAGAUGCACAACUCGGAGAUCAGCAAGCGCCUGGGCGCCGAGUGGAAGCUGCUCACCGAAUCGGAGAAGCGGCCGUUCAUCGACGAGGCGAAGCGCCUGCGCGCCAUGCACAUGAAGGAGCACCCAGACUACAAGUACCGGCCGAGGCGCAAGCCCAAGACGCUGCUCAAGAAGGACAAGUUCGCCUUCCCUGUGCCCUACGGCCUGGGCGGCGUGACCGACGCCGAGCACCCGGCACUCAAGGCGGGCGCCGGGCUGCACGCGGGCGCGGGUGGCGGCCUGGUGCCCGAGUCGCUGCUCGCCAACCCCGAGAAGGCAGCCGCCGCCGCCGCCGCGGCUGCCGCCCGCGUCUUCUUCCCGCAGUCGGCCGCCGCCGCCGCCGCCGCCGCCGCCGCCGCCGCCGCCGGCAGCCCCUACUCGCUGCUCGACCUGGGCUCCAAGAUGGCAGAGAUCUCGUCCUCCUCGUCCGGUCUCCCGUACGCGUCGUCGCUGGGCUACCCGACCGCGGGCGCGGGCGCCUUCCACGGCGCGGCGGCGGCGGCUGCAGCGGCGGCGGCGGCCGCCGGGGGGCACACGCACUCGCACCCCAGCCCGGGCAACCCGGGCUAUAUGAUCCCGUGCAACUGCAGCGCGUGGCCCAGCCCCGGGUUGCAGCCGCCGCUCGCCUACAUCCUACUGCCCGGCAUGGGCAAGCCUCAGCUGGACCCCUACCCCGCGGCCUACGCCGCCGCGCUAUGACCCCGCGGGGCCGCCUCGCGAGGACCGGUGUGCACACGUGUACAUAUGUAUAGGUACGAGCUCUGCGGCCCCCCCCGAGCGC